GGACGUUGAUCUUAAAAAGUUCUCUCUGCAAUGAACUUCAGUUGGGAUUUGAGCUGCUGGUCAGUUUGGCUCUAGAUACGAUAUCGCUAUGUACGUGAUAAUGAUUCCGAUGCACUAAAUCCAUUCACCAAACAUCAAUAAGAGAUACGUGCUUCAUAUAAAAGCAGGAAGCAGAUCGAGUACGGCUCGUUUGCUGUUAGAUUUCACAAGUAAUUGAACCGAAGAGCUUUACGUACCAAACAAAAAAUGACUGUACUUAUCGGACUAUGGUUAAUCGCCCUUGUAGUGCCCUUAACGCAAGCAGAAAAAAAUGUUGUUUGCUACUACGGAUCCUGGUCAAGUUAUCGACAUGGAAAUGGCCAAUUUGUGGUUGACAGAAUCGAUCCGCUUUUGUGUACUCAUUUGAUAUAUUCUUUCGUUGGAGUUAACGCCAACGGAACAGUUCGCGUGCUAGAUCCUUGGUUAGAUCUGGAGGAUAAUUGGGGCUUGGCAACUAUGAAAAAGUUUACCAGCUUGAAAAAAAUUAACACAAACCUGAAGACGCUGGUGGCUGUCGGAGGUUGGAAUGUAGGUUCAGAGACAUUUUCCGAUGUAGCACAGAAUGCCGUUCUUCGUGCGCGCUUUGCGCAAGAUGCUGCAGAGUUCUGUGUUCGGCAUGAAUUUGAUGGCCUGGACGUCGAUUGGGAAUAUCCGGCCCAACGGGACGGCGAUCCGAUGGUAGAUCGUGACAAUUUUGUCCAUCUACUUUCAGAUCUUCGACAGGAGUUAUCCAAGCGUGGUUUGCUGCUAACGGCAGCAGUUGCAGCAGCUGAAACUUCCGCUUCAAUAUCGUACAACAUCCCGGAGAUAUCGAAAUAUUUGGAUUUUAUUAAUUUGAUGACUUACGAUCUUCAUGGUCCGUGGGAAGCAACGACAGGGCAUCACGCAGCACUCCAUGCGGGACCUAACGAUGUUACUGUGGCUCAACAACAGCUCAACGUUGAAAGUUGUGUUAUGUUCUGGUUAGCCGCAGGAGCCCCAGCGGAGAAGCUAAACCUCGGGGUUGCAUUCUACGGUCGAACGUUUACGCUGCGAUCGGCAAGCGAAAACCAUAUCGGUGCCUUAUCCAGUGGUCCGGGUCAAGGCGGUCUCUAUAGUCAAGAGCUAGGAUUUUUGGGUUAUAAUGAGAUUUGUGAGAAACUGUUAACUGAUAGAUGGUACUUCAAAUGGGAUGAAGAUCAGCAGGUUCCAUACGCGUUCAGCGGGAAUCAAUGGGUUGGUUUUGACAAUGCUGAAAGCUUGACGCUUAAGUGUGAUUUAGUGAAUCUGCACGGGCUGGCCGGUGCAAUGGUGUGGUCAAUCGAAACCGAUGAUUUCAACGGUAGGUGCGGUGACAAAUUCGGACUGCUUGGAGCGCUUCGAGCUGGCUUGAAGAAUGGCGAUACAAUAACCAGCGUUUCAGCUACCACUUUAACCAAAGAACCAACAACUGUCAGUGCCGGGACUAUGACCACAACUGAGACGUCCACUGCUGUCAGUUCCACUGCGGCUAGUAGCGAAUUCAACUGUUCUGUAACGGGCUUUUUCCGAGAUCCUAUGGACAGUGCCAAAUUCUAUUAUUGUGACGACCUUACGCGUCAUGAUUUUCAUUGUCCGUUUGGAACUUACUUUGAUAUCACAAUAUUAGCCUGCGACUGGGCAAGUAAUGUUCAGUGUUAAAACUGAUUGGUUAGAUGAUACGACGAUGU